GAUAUGGGGCCGAGGAGGCUCGCCUACGGAAUCGUAUAUAAGGGCCGGAUGUCGCUGCUGGAUAAUCAUCCCUCCACCAAACACAUAUUGCCUGUGAGCAGCGUUCACUGGCCAGGUCAAACUGAGUGUUGAGGUUACCUUCAUUACCUAUCCUUUAUUCCUUUCUUUUCAUUGAGUCGUAGACCUAUACUUUGCAUCUUGUCAAGGUACUCUCAUUGCAUUAAUUCUUGUAAAGCAUUCCUACAUUUUCAUCAUGAAGUUUUCUUUCGUUGCUCUGGCCGCUGCCGCUUUCGCUGGCAUUGCCAAGGCCUCUCUGCCUACUAUUUCCGUCGAUGGCCGUUACUUCUACUUUGAGAACGGUACUCGUUUCUUCAUCAAGGGUGUUGCUUACCAACCCAAUGUUGAUACCGAUUCCAACGGUGAUGCUGUCUCCUCUGACUUCGUUGAUCCCUUGGCUCAAGAGGACUCCUGUCUCCGUGAUGUUGAGUACUUCAAGAAGCUCCAUAUCAACACGAUUCGUGUCUAUGCUGUCAACGCUUCUCAGGACCACUCGGCUUGUAUGAAGGCUCUUGACUCGGCCGGUAUCUACGUUCUUGCCGAUCUCGCUCAACCCAGUGAGUCUAUUGACCGUACUAGCCCCAAGUGGGAUACCAACCUUUUCUCCCGUUAUGCCAGUGUCGUUGAUGCUAUGGCUAACUACACUAACGUUCUUGGUUUCUUCGCUGGUAAUGAGGUUACCAACAACAACACUAACACCCCUGCAUCUGCCUUUGUCAAGGCUGCUGUCCGUGAUAUGAAGUCUUACAUUUCUAUGCAAGGCUACCGUUCCAUCCCCGUUGGUUACUCCACCAAUGAUGACUCUGAUACUCGUGUUUCUAUGGCUGAUUACUUCGAAUGUGGUAGCACCGAUGAGCGUGCUGACUUCUAUGGUGUUAACAUUUAUGAGUGGUGUGGUUCCAGUACUUACCAGGAGUCCGGUUAUGCUGACCGUACUGAGGAGUUCGCUAACUUUACUAUUCCCGUCUUCUUCUCUGAGUUUGGUUGCAUUACCAAGCGUCCUCGUACCUUCCAAGAGGUUCAAGCUUUGUUCGGUGUCAACAUGACUGGUGUCUGGUCCGGUGGUAUUGCUUACCAAUACUUUGAGACCAACAACAACUAUGGUGUUGUUUCUAUUGAGUCCAGCAGCGUCGUUACCUUGACUGAUUUCCCUUACUUGGCUUCUCAAUUCGGUGCUGUCACUCCCACCACUUCUUCUGAUGUCUCCACUACUACCGUUACUGCUUCUUGCCUUCCCACCAACACCAACUGGGUUGCCGCUGUUGAGCUCCCUCCCACCCCCUCUGACGAGAUUUGCCAAUGCAUGUCCAACUCUCGUUCUUGUGUUGUUCUUGACAGCGUCAGCUCCAGUUCUUACACUGACCUUUUCAACUACGUUUGUGGUGUUGUCUCUUGUGAUGGUAUUACUGCUAACGGUACCUACCCUGGUUCCUAUGGUGACUACAGUUUCUGUGAUUCCAAGCAAAUGCUGAACUUUGUUUUGGACCUCUACUACUCUGCUAAGGGUGACUGUGACUUCAGCGGCUCUGCCACCACCACUAAGACUUCUGCUCUUAGCGGUACUUGCGCUAGCUACGUCUCUGCUGCUGGUUCCGUUGGUACCAACUCUGUUGCUUACUCCAUGGACGCUAACGCCGUUGCCACUACUUUGACUACCCCUGGUGCAUCUGCCACUAACGGUACCUCGACUUCUUCUGUCAAGUCUGGUUCCACCACUUACUCUUCCUCUGGUAGCAGCGGUUCUGUCGGUAGCUCCGCCGUUACCCUCAGUGGUAACGCCAUCUAUGCUUUCAUGGCUACCGUGAUUGCCGGUGUUGCUGUUGCUUUCCUCUAAGCGUGGUGCUUUGGGAUGUCGAGUGCAUGCGUUGUAUGUCAUGCAUGGAUUCUCCAACUAAUUUUGACCGUAGUUCCGAUGAACUGGAUUCAUCGGGCGCGCUGGGUUUCUUGACUGAGCCUUCUCAGCAUGAUUGGGUCCACUCGUUCUUUCUUUGAUAUUAUCUUCCCUGUAUGAUUUUGCAGCGAAUUGAACUUUGUAUUUUUCCGUAGUCACAUUAAAUUCAUUUUGUUGAAUAUAUAAUUUGUUAAAGUA